AGACCACAUAUGCGACACAGCCGGACACUGACAACCAGACAGAGGUUUCUUCUUUAGUUUUUUAGAAGAUUGGACAACUCUAGUCCUCAUUCCAGCACAUAGUCAGACAGUCAGUUACUUGUUAAGAAGGAAGAAUGAGGUGCCCACGUGAUGUUGCACGUGUUUGGUCCUCUUACCAUACCUAUCUGGACCUGGCAUACUGUAAUCUUCAUCCAAUCUCUUUCUCUUAGCAACCCAACCGCCAACUCUGAUAAGUUUGAUUUAAAAUGGUUGGUCAUCUCUCUUGGAGCUUUGUGGAGUACCUACGUCUCUGCUUUUGCCUAAAAGACCCUUUCACUCGCAAUGGCGCCACCAAUUUACCUAUGCCGAUAGCUCCCGCUUAACCCAUGGUUGGCGAGUCGAGAUUACUGGAGGCGCUCCGUCUAUUCCCGAUGUCUUUCAUGAAAUGAUCAAUUUUGACUACUGACACUUUUAUCUUCAAGCUGAGAUGAGUCUAUCACGAGUCGCAAUCCAAAAAUCAUUCUUGUAUAAUAUGGCAAAAUCUACCGCCAAUGGCCAAGAUCUGUUUGAGCACGGGGGCUGGAAUUGCCAUGGCCAUUCGCGAUCUAUCAAUCAUUGGCGGAUUGAACGUCUUGGGACAAUGUGAUCUUAGCGAGGCCUCUGAUUCGCCCACCACACGUCUUCAGCAGGGGAUCUUCAACGACACAGAUCUCAGCGAAUGGUUCAUGUCAGGGACCAACUUGAAAGACCAUCACAUAUCGCCCAGGCUGAGCCAUUGUUACCGGAAAUUCUGGCACAAGACCGGCAGUUGCUUUUUCGAUCCUGGAAUCAAGUGAUUGCAUGGCAGGACUUACAAGUCUGAAGAAGGAUCUUUUGGAAGUUUCUCAAGAAUUCCUGAUAACAAAGCCUGCCAUCAUAUUCACCAAUACAAUGCUAAAUUCUCGUUCAUACCAUGACGUCUACUCAGGGUCGACCCCUCCAUUUGCCCCUUCCCCACCAGACUGGUUUCCCUGAGGUCGACGAACUGCGUCCAACGGUCCCUCCUCGUGGUGUUUACUCUGGCUUGUAUUCAGCCUCGCUCAUACCAAAUUUGCGCCUCAUGUGCUUCUAGAGAUGUAUUGUCUCGCUCUCGUGGCCCUGUUUCUGUCCACGUGCGAGGCAUUUCUCCUAAGGUUAGUUUGUGACUAUGGGCAUUUUGAAAGAGAAAAGAGUCGCGUUCCGCCUCUUUUUCUGCUUCGCAGCCUGUCUUCACGAUAACCUCCAUCUAAAGCACUCUGCUACAAGUCAACAUGAUUGCUGAAGCUCUACCCGCUCCCCAAUCACGGUAUCCCAGUCAUGAUCUCUCCAAGUUUCCUGAUACCCUGAAAGGGAAGCGAAUCCUCCUCUGCACCGAGUCAUUUGGGCCUGUCAAUGGUGUCAGUCGCACGACUUUGAUGCUUGUUAACCACCUAAGGGCACAUGGAGCUCAGGUCGCAGUGGUUGCGCCACACAACCAUACACAGCACAACACUUUUACGCCGCCGCCGUCGCCAACCAUGUCCCCUGCAGAUAAGCAGCCCGAAGUCAGAGUCACUGGAUAUCCUCUCCCAUUCAACCCCGAGCUCUCUAUCGUAUACCCAGUACGCAAUUCGACUUUGUACUCAAGAACAUUUGGCGAUGAUGCUCCUCCCGAUCUGAUCUACCUUGCAUCACCUGCAAGCCUGGGUUUCCAAGUCAUGCUUCAACUACGACAACAACCCAAGGAGAAGCAAAUACCUGUCAUCUGCAAUUUCCAAACCGAUCUUGCUGGCUAUUGUUCCAUCUUAUUUCCGGCACCACUGAGCCAUAUUGCAGUCUUCGCGUUCGCAGCUGUCCAGAGUUAUCUCUUCAGUCACUCCUCGAUCAAGACCAUAUUUUACCCUUCGAGUUUCGUGAAACGAUAUUUGGUGGGCCAGAAAGUGCCAGCAGAUAAGCUAGAGGUUCUAACACGAGGUGUCAACACUGAGUUGUUCAAUCCCCAGAUGAGAAGCGAGGAACUGCGAAAACAGUUGGCACCUAACGGUGAGAUCAUUUUCGUGACAGUCUCCCGAAUCGCUGGCGAAAAAGGCUUCGAUUUCCUGGCGAAAGCUGCAAAGGAACUUGAUGCCCAGGGACUCAACUUCAAACUGUACAUCGUCGGCGGCAACCGCAACCCCGAUGUCGAGAAGGAAGUGCAGGAGCUUUUUGAUCCUCUGAGAGAGAAGGGUAAGGUUGUUUUCGCCGGUUUCAAGGUCGGGGAAGAUCUCGCUACUGCUUAUGCUAGCGGUGAUAUUUUUCUCCAUUGUUCGGUUACAGAAACCUUUGGACUUGUUGUUUUGGAGUCUAUGGCCAGUGGGGUUCCAGUCAUCGCUCGUGAUGAAGGGGGGCCGUCUGACAUUGUCCAGCAAGGAGGAAACGGGUUUCUCAUCUCUCCAGAUGACCUCGAUGGUUUCGUAGCCAAGACCAUGAAACUUGGUCUAGACCAGAACCUUCGUGCCCAGAUGGGCCAGGCGGCAAGAUCGUACGCAUGCGAGAUGACAUGGGAGAAGAUUAACAACAAGGUUGCCUGGCGCAUGUCGGACACUAUCUCGGAAUGGAAGCAUGAGCGGAAUGGCCCAACAAAUCGACUCUCAUCCCGUCUCAAGUCUCAGGAGCCGCUUAUCCCAAUCUACGGGUGGCUUAUGAUGAACGAUGCUAUUCGCGAGACGAUGACACGGGGUAUUGUCGAUGCACGGCUCAUGGGCGGACUGGGUGUCAUUCUAUCAUUCUGGAUGGUGACAGGGUGGUAUAUGGUCUUCACAGAAUGCUUCCUCUGGGCUAAAGGGCGAUGGAGAAGUGCAGAGAGGAGAUUGUCAAUCUCAUAGUUUGAAGUUAUGUCUUGCCGCGCGGCGUUUCGAUUAUGUGCAUGGCUUGGAGGAGUUGGAGGAACAAUUUUGCUAUGAUUCGACGUUUUCUCAUGUUUGCAUUGGACGGUCCCUACAGCGUUGGAGUUGUUACAGUUGUGCGACUAGCCCAUGGUUACCUGAGCAUGGCCAUGUUAGAUGUUAUAUUACGAUACCAAGAAUUUCAUUACAGUUUUGACACCAACGGGCUGAUACAACAUAUGUAACAAGGAUCGGUAAAAGGGAUUUCCGGGUUCAGUACCUUACGAUGGUGUUUCAUGUAGAGGGGAAUCGUCCCACAAUCUGACAUGUCACCCCAGAUGCCCAAUAUGGGG